AUGUCUCCAAACGGGACCAAGGCCAGCCAUGUCCUCAUUGUAGGAGCAGGAACGAGCGGACUGCUCAUUGCCCAAGGGCUGAAGAAGGCAAACAUACCCUUCUCCAUCUUCGAGUCCGAAACCUCGACCACGUACCAAACACGCACACGAGAAUGGGGCAUGACACUCCAUUGGGGCAGCUCGCACAUCGCUUCAUGCCUACCCUCUGAACUCACAGAACGCUUCCACGAAGCCUUCGCUGACCCAACCCAAAACCCCGCCUCUGUCACAGGCUUGCCAAUCUACAAUGGGAAAACGGGCGAGUUCAUCAUCGAAAUGGCGGCAGAGAAGCCGUGUCGCGUAAGCCGUAAGAAGAUGCGUAACUUGUUCAGCGAGGGUCUAGAUGUGCAAUACGGGAAGAAGUUCGCAAGUGCGGUGGUCGACGAGGAUAGCAAGGUGAAGGUGACGUUCGAAGACGGUAGUAGCACGACCGGUGAUGUACUCGUAGGCUGCGACGGCGCAAAAUCGCAUGUUCGAGAAGCCAUCGUAGGGACAGAAGCAGCGAAGCUCACAGACGCGUCCGUCAGCAUGUUCAACUUCCCGUACAAGUUCGAUGUCGAGCUCGCCAGGCGCAUUCGAGAUAUGAAUCAACUCUUCAUCACGAGUAUACACCCGGACCAUGGUACCAUGUUCUGGUUGUCCAUACAAGAUGCACCCAACCCUUCGGAUCCAUCGACGUGGACCUUUCAAGUGCUUCAGUCGUGGCUCGAUUCCAGUGUGCCCACCGAUGUGGACUUAUCUAGCCCUGAAGGUCGCAUGUCGCUCUUCAAGAAGCGCGCAGAAGAAUACGCAGAGCCCUGGCGGUCUGCUGGUCGCGCUAUAGAUCCUGCCACCAUACUGCCUCUCGAUAAAGGCACGUACUGGGAAAAGGCUCGUGCAUGGGAUAACCGGGGUGGGAAGAUGACGCUGUGUGGUGACGCCGCACACCCUAUGACGCCACACAGAGGACAGGGUCUCAAUAAUGCACUCCAAGAUGCUGCCAACUUCGUCGCUGCCAUGCGCACAGUUUACGGCUCUCCAGAGCAGACGCGGGGUCUUAAGCAAGCGGUUGAUGAGUAUGAUGCUGAGGUCUUGGAGCGGGGCAUGUUGGAGAUGAACAUCUCGCUAAAGCAGUCAUUGUUCAUCCAUGAUUGGGAGACGUUGAUGCAGAGUCCGAUGGUGAAAAUGGGUAUGCAUCGGGCAGAAAAGGGCAGUGGAAGUACGUCUUAG